UCCUUAUGUCAUAAAAAAAACUACAAAAAAGUGAUGACUGUUAUGCGGAGAGGUUAACGCUGGUCUGCUUUCACGUUUAAAAGGGAAAAGUUCAGUCACAUGGUGUCAACCCCGGAAAUACAACAGCUGCACGCAAAAUCGACAUACGCCGAACGCCUGUAACUUAAAAAACAGCUGUGUACGUUUACCUGUGCUUAUGUUCAAACUGCAGCCAAAGUUGGACUUGAGCAGAGAUGUGGAGACAGACAUCCUCAGGAAGGAGGCGGCGGUGUGCAGGGCGAAAGACUACUGUGGUGCAGUGGAGGUUUUCACCAUCAACAUUGAGAGAGACGGGGGCAUCCUUUACUCCUGGAAGGGGUCAACUGGGACCACCAGGGUUGGCAAAUAUGACUCAGUCACCAAGCAGAAUAAGCUCCUAUACACCUUUGACAAGCAGGUGUGUGUCAGCAGCUGCUCCCUAAACAAGGAGGAGACGUUAUUAGCGGUCAGUUUGGCACAAAACAACAGUGGCGAGGAGCACCUCAAACCGAUGUCAAAGUGCCUGACGCUGCUGAUUGAGAUCCAUCCCAUUAAUAACACCAAGGUGCUCAAGGCGGUAGACUGCAGGGUCAAAGUGCAGUUCCUUUACCCAGGAACUGACCACAGAUCAGUGCUGGAGAGCCACCUGCUGCUGCUGACUGAAGAUGGAUAUGUGGAUCAGUACCAUGUCCUGCUGACCAGACAUGAAGGUUACAAAGUGCUGAUGGCCAAUCCUGAGUGUCUUUCCAAAACAGCCGAGCGGCUUGCGGAGGACUUCUGCUGGGUCCAGUGGGACGUGCACACGCAGAGACUCUACUAUCUCACCCACAUGGACAAGUUUCUACUGCGAUGCGUGCAGUUCUACGACGACCACAACUGCGAAACUGUGCUGGAGCUUCCAUUAGAGCUGCGUGCCAAUCCCUUCAGCAGCGUCAAGUUUGUCAACCUCGGUUUUGACCACUUUCACGUUGAGAGGCCAGAGCGAGUCAAGAUGGAAGUAUUCACAAACAGAAUAGGAAGCAUGUGCGUGUGCUACAGCCAGCCUUCUUGCAACAAACCCGAGCUGAUGUACACAGUGGUCUUAGUCCACAAAGACUGCAGCAAGACUUUCCGGGUCACUUUGGACGACACCACCCACCUCCAUCCGCUCUUCAUGCCUAUAGGCUACUACAUGGUUGUAUAUCUGCACGCCUGCUUCCUGCACUGCAUCAACACCAGGCAGCAGGAGAUGCUCUGCCACUCCCUAUUCCUGUCUGGCAAUGAUGCAGUUUUAGGCCUCCCAUCAAAGUCCGGAAGGUUGACAGUGGUGCACGCAGAGGAGGAGGAGUCCAGCACGGCCGUGUUGGACCUAUCCAGCGGGACUAUCUAUGGUGUCCAGCUAAACCCCGCCUACUUGAUGCAGAUUCUACGAUCUGGCACGCCUUCCAGGAGGCCCAACAAUAUGACCGACGCUCAGCGGUUGGCUGCCCUUCACUGCCUGCUUCUUCACAAGGGAAGUGACCCAAACAUGGAGCUAGAGAUUAUUGAGUGGCUGUGUGACAACACAGUGCUGGAGUCCUUUGACCAGAUCCAGGAGUUCAUUCUAGCAUUUUUGUACAGAAUAAGCUACAAGAGGUCACUCAAUCUGGAUAAACUGCUGCCGUGCUCCUCUGUGUUUGAUAAGAAGGAGGUACCUGCUUGUCUGACGGAGGUUCCCGGUGUGCUGUGCACCACUGAGCUGCACACAGAGACUGUUUUCAAAGGGAAGGCCAGAAGUCUCCAGGGUUUCUGGUCCGAGCUGCAGUGGAACACCGAGCGGACUAAAUAUUUCGAUGCCGACCCCAACCCCAGAUACAGAACCUCACACGCUCAGGCCGACUGGACUAAACUGGUGACUGCGAGACCAUCCAGUCACAUGACCCAUGUGUUGGACAACACUAAGAAGGUUCUUUCCAUGUUGGACAACUGGCGUCUUGCGUCCCCUCGAGACAGGAAGCUGGUGCCGCUUUUCCAAGAGGAAGACCACCGCCAGAGGGUGCUCAUCGGCCUGACGGUGGAGAAGCUGCGAGAGCAUCUGAACACACACCUGCCUCGCCUGGGCAAGAAGAAGAUAGACGCCCUGGUGGUCAACUACGUAGCGGAACUGCUGGAGCUGAUCAGACAUAUGCUGGAGUCAGUGUGGCUGAAGCACAAACUUGGCCCUCGUGUUCUGUGCCUCACACAGCAGGCUGGCCCUGGCGAGUGGGCCGUGUUUCACUUCAUGCUUCGGAUCCUGGAAGCCACGAGGGGUCUCUGCAUGCCCCUCCCACCCGGCUAUCACACCCUGCUAGCAAUGUUCGCCGUGCGCUGCCUGCCUCAUCACACUUUCCUACAAUAUGUCGACCACGGAUUUCUUCAGCUCACGGAAACCUUUGUCUCUCGACUCAUGACAGAUUUGGACAACAGUGACGCCAAUGAGAAGCUGAAGUUCAGUGUUUUGAAGAGACUUCCUGAGGCAAACAGAUUCUACCACAUGUGGGAUCAUCCCGUCAGUUCGGCUUCCAUCUCCAGAGAUUAUGUCAGAAAUCUGUUGGGGAGACACAACAAAAACAAGGGAUUUGCAUUCACUGGCAGAGACAAAGCAGGCUUCAGACCAGAGUUUCUCCCUCUCACAUACCUGGCCAAAGUCCUGUCUGAUAUAGAAGAACAAGCUCUGAACCCCUUCGACGAGCAGGAGAACAUAGACGCCACGUUUGUGGAGAAGACGGCUCUGAAACAGACACUGAUUCUGCUGGGCUUUGAGGGAAAAUGACAAAGACGUGAUGGAUGGAGGCUGUUGGACGACAAGGAAAGGCUGAAGAGAGACGUUUGUAUGAAAGGGAAAACUUUUGACACUUUCAUUUAAGUUGGGAAAGCAAAAAUCAAUAACGGAAUAGAAUUCUACAGCCCUGAACAGCCACAAAUUCUCCAUAUUCUACGGCAAUAUAUCAACAGCAAGAACAUUGUCGUGUUUAUUCACUCAACUCCAGAGAGUACCAGGCAUUGACGGUGUUUGUACGAAUGCAUUUUUUAAAUACUAAAGUGUUAACCAAUAUUUUCAACAAAUUAAAUAUUUUAUAUACAUCACAUUUCCACAAGUAAAUCAUGAUAUGACUAAGUAUUAUGAAAUAAGAUUUUAUGUAUUAUAUAAGUUUUCCCACAAUACUAACACUUAAUUGAAGUAAUAUUAAAUAUUUUACAUAUCAUAUCAUUUUAAAAGGCAUGUACUGGUAACUGAAGUGCUAUUAAAUAAUAUUUCAUAUAUUCCUCCACAAAUAAACAAUGAUAGUAAAAUUCUAUAUUUAUAAAAUUCUGAAUUUGCAGUCUGGCGCUUAUUUCUUAACGCAGACCGGUAUCUAUUUGAGCGGAGGCUGCUUACUAUUUGAGGUGAGACGGCAUUUAUAAGCCAAUCCAUACACGCCACAAGCCGACACACACAUGCUUGCAGACGAGCAGGGGACGCUUUAAAACCGGACGCAAUUAUCACUUCAGAGCAAAUCUAAAUGAGGAGAUAGUAGAGAGCGGGGGAUACACUCGAGGGAUCUAUAAGAUGGAAGAUGAAAAGGUAAUAUUUUUGAAGAUUAAGUGACUGUCAUUUGGUCAGCGAUGUGGGAAAUCAUAUGGGGUCCUGCUUUUAAGGUUAAGGGCAGUAAAAGAUGGGCUUCUGCAGAGCAAAAGAAAAGAAAUAACACAUUUUGUGUUAAGAUAAGUCACGAACAAUAAAAGACGUCCUUGCUUCAUUUGCUACAGUCAGGGGUUUUACCGCUACAUCCAAAUUUGGUCAAUGUGAGGGGUCCAUUUCCCGAUCGUGACAGUUCUGACAUUUCCUGUUAUCGUGGCAUUGUAACACACUGUUCCAAUAUUCGCAUUGGGUUUGAUGUAAUGAGGGAAGAGAACAACAGGGCUUCAUUAUACAGUGAUUUAUUUGCAGAACACAUUGUAAUAAGCCUGCCAAAUGCAGAAGGGGAGAAGCGUCAAACAAAAGGAACUGAAAGGGAGAUGAAAAGAAGACGUGCAUACAAAGUUCUGGCUUGGUUUUCAUCAUGUGACUUAGCCUUUUUCACUGUAAGUGAGCGGUAAGGGGGUUUUUGUGUGAAAUACAACACAUUCUAUCCAGCUUUUGAAUAAAAAGGGACUUGUACUUUUAUGCGUCGUUUGCAGUGAGUUUUUUUUUCUGUUAAUAUGAUUCCAAUUAGCGCUCAAAAAGGGUUGCAUGGUAACGCCCCCGGAUGCUUUUUUUCUUCUGGUUUCGUCAAAUAUUGGUUUAGCACAGACUCAGCAGUCAGGAAAUGAUCUCAGUGACAGUCAUCAUCAUCAUCAUUGUGCAAGCUGAGUCUUACAGCCAUGAAAUCCGCAUUCAUGCCAAGCAUUUUUCCAGAAAUUGCUGUUUUGGAAUCGGGAAUUCCAGCCUUGGCGGUGGCUGGCCUCGACCGGUGCGUGUUAU